AUGAAGCGCAAUUUAGUAAGUUGGCUCAAGUUCCUGGUGCUCGCGGUUCUCCUGGUUUUUCUCACAACGCUGACUUUCCGGGUACUGCGCGGACACCGGGGCUACGAGCUAUCCAUUCCUCGGGCGCUGGUACUUGACAGAAGGAUCGAUUACGAGGACUUGAUCGCUCAACAGGAAGUGGAUCCAGAUGGGAAGAUUGACUGGCAUGAUUAUAGAAGGAUCGGAGAAGAAAAAAGUCGGAUGGGUCUGGGGGAACAAGGAAAGCCUGCAUAUUUAGAUGCUUCCAUGGAAGAUCUCAAAGAUAAGCUUUACAAGGUAAACGGCUACAAUGGAGCUUUGAGCGAUCAAAUCUUGUUGAACAGGUCUAUUUCUGAUAUCAGACACAAGGACUGCAGAAGAAAAAAGUAUUUGAGAAAGCUCGACUCUGUGUCAGUGGUUGUGUCCUUUCACAAUGAACACUUUAGUACUUUGAUGAGAACUUGUUGGAGCGUUAUUAAUCGUUCUCCCCCUUCCCUGCUUCAUGAGAUUAUUUUAGUUGACGAUGCAAGCACAAAAGUUGAAUUAAAAGACAAACUAGAUGAGUAUGUAAGAAAAAGUUUGCCAAAAGUUAAAGUUGUGAGAUUAUCCAAGAGAUCGGGUUUGAUUCGUGGUAGAUUAGCUGGAGCUAAAGCAGCCACAGCUGGUGUUCUUGUUUUUUUGGACUCCCACAGUGAAGCCAACAUUAACUGGCUGCCUCCAUUGCUAGAACCUAUAGCUCAAAACUACAGGACUUGUGUAUGUCCUUUUAUUGAUGUCAUUGACUACGAGACUUUUGAAUACAGAGCACAAGAUGAAGGUGCCAGAGGAGCGUUUGAUUGGGAAUUGUAUUACAAGAGGCUGCCUUUGUUGCCCGAAGACUUGAAACAUCCAUCAGAGCCAUUUAAAAGCCCAGUUAUGGCUGGUGGACUGUUUGCCAUCAGUUCAAAAUUUUUUUGGGAGCUUAACGGUUAUGAUCCUGGAUUAGAUAUCUGGGGUGGUGAGCAGUACGAACUGUCGUUUAAAAUUUGGCAAUGCGGUGGACAAAUGGUGGAUGCCCCAUGUUCCAGGGUUGGACACAUUUAUAGAAAAUUCGCGCCUUUUCCAAACCCAGGCAUUGGUGAUUUUCUUAGUAAAAAUUAUAAAAGAGUGGCAGAAGUUUGGAUGGAUGAAUACGCAGAGUUUAUUUACCGUAGAAAACCUCAUAUGAGAGAGCUGGAUCCUGGAUCCUUGAGCGAACAGAAGGCUCUAAGAGAAAAGCUCAAAUGUAAGUCAUUCAAGUGGUUCAUGGAGAAUGUUGCUUUUGAUUUAGUCGAAACCUAUCCCCCCGUGGAACCCGAUGACUUUGCCUAUGGAGAGAUUAGGAAUAUUGGAGAAAAAAAUUAUUGUUUACAUGCAAAGGAUAAAGAAAGAAGAGAUCUCGAGAUCUCGGUUGAAUUUUGUAAGAAGGAUAACCCAAAAAUCAGAGGAGAUCAAGAGUUCCAGCUUACUUGGCACAAAGAUAUUCGUCCAAAAAAGAGCAUGUUGUGUUUGGAUGUUGCUAGAGGGGAUGAUAAAGCUCCAAUAACGUUGUAUCCUUGUCACGGUAAGCAAGGUAAUCAAUUUUGGACUUAUGACAUGACAAAAAAAUGGCUGAAACAUGGGUACAAUAACAAGUGCCUAGACAUGGAUCCACUAAGUAAAAAGGCUUUUGUAGCCCAUUGCAAUUUCACGAUUUUCACUCAAAAGUGGAGUAUAGAGCACUUUUUAUAGUAGUAUUGAACGCCAUAUUAUAUAGCUAGUCAGAAAUUUGACUUUUGCAAAAGAAAUUGAAAAAUUUUUUUUUGCACAAAGGAAUAUUCAAAAGAUCAUAAUACGUACGUACAAUUCCAACUACUUUAACUGUAUGAAUUUAGCCAAGAUGAUUUAUAUAUUGUGCCUUAUAAAGCGAAAAAGUACAAGAUUUCAUAGAAACUCCGUAAUCCCUAAAAUAUUUGUAAUUUUUAUUUGCAUUUACAUACUUGAUAUAAAAACUUGUUAUGUGAUAUAAAAAAAAAAACUUGAAUUUUCGUCGUGAUAAUAGUUUCACAUGUAGAUAAGAGUUUUCUUUACUUUUGUACAACCUUAUAAAGCAAACAAGUUUUGCUUUUUUUAGCUGUUAAGGGUAAAUUUUUUAUGUUAAAAGGUGGAGUAAUCUUUUUGA